UGGGGCGCCUUUGCUAAAGUUGCUCUCCUUCUGCUCCGGAGAGGGGAAGAGUCCAGCUGGUCCGUCCGCUUGGCUUCUUCCUUCUCAACCACCAGCUGCUGGUGACGCAUCCACCCUCCCUCGUCUCCGGUCUGCUUUAAAAUACACCCCCCCUUCUUUUUCUUCACCUUCCCUCCUCCCUCUUCCUCUCGCUCCGGGCUGAAUUAGUUCCUCUCCCAGUGUGGCGUCUGCUUGCUCCCAGAACUCGUUUCCUUUCCUUUCCUCCUUUUUUUUUUCGCGCGCUCUGCGAUUUGGGGCCGCCGGUCCUCGAGUCUGGAGGAAUUUCUGUGGCUCGCCUUUCCUUUAUGGCAGCAGAGGGAGCGGCAGCAACGGCAGCGAAGGCCAGUGUGCGGAUGAAGGACCUGCUGCAGUAGCGGGCAAUGUGGGCUCUUGUCCGGGUGCAGCUGCAGCCACACAAGGACGUUGGUCGGGAGCUGCGCUGCAGCUAAGAGGCUCCUUUCGCUUUUUUUCGCUUUUUUCCAAGCGGAAAAAAAAAAAAGCAGAAGCUGCGAUCGGUGCCGCUGACGGCUCCCCCCCCCCGCCCGCUAGAGCCAGUCUGAGUCUCUGGAGGUGGAUUGGAAGGCUGCUGUUUUACUCCCCACCCCACUCGAGGAUUGAGGCCACUCUGGCGGAAGGGUGCGAAGGGGGGCUAGAUCUGGGGUUUAACAAUGGUGGGGCUUCUGGUGAGCUCCUGCUGCGCCCUGGCCGCGUCGGUACUGCUCCAUCCCGGUUUCGGAUCUCGGUGAGGAAAAAAUGAACGAAGAGACGGCGAAUUCUAACCAUGAUAAUAGUUAUGCCCGUGUGCGAGCUGUGGUGAUGACCCGUGAUGACUCAAGUGGUGGAUGGUUACCACUUGCAGGGGGUGGACUAAGCUGCGUCACCAUUUUCAAAGUCAUUCACCAAGAAGAAAGUGGCUGUGCUGAUUUUCUUAUACAUGGGGAACGUCUCAGGGAUAAAACGGUGGUUUUGGAGUGUACAUUAAAGAAGCAGCUUAUUUACAAUAAAGUUACUCCAACUUUUCACCACUGGAAGAUUGAUGAAAAAAAAUUUGGCCUCACAUUUCAAAGUCCCGCUGAUGCAAGAGCAUUUGAUAGAGGAAUUCGUAGGGCUGUUGAAGAUAUAUCUCAAGGUUGUCUGACCUCACAUGAUGAAAUCGAAGUGCCUGCAGAUGGCUUUCCGGCAAUUCCAGAAAAUACAUCAAGUUUGCUAAUGAAAGAUCCGAUUUUCGAACAUGAAUCUCUAGCAAGCAAUGAUCCUCACAAAAACUUAUGUAUAAGACCCUUGGUCUUUGAAGAUUUGAACACCAGAAGAUUGUACUUCCACAACCAGCCAAACCAGGUACCCCAGAAAUCAGUCAGGAGCGUCACUUUUCAGGAUGAAGAAGAAAUUGUUCGGAUAAACCCUCGUGAUAUUCUAAUACGUCGCUAUGCAGACUAUAGGCAUCCUGAUAUGUGGAAAAAUGACUUGGAUAGGGAUGAAAUAGAUUCCUCGCUGCACUGCCCCAAAGCAGACCAUAAAAAAUCGGACUAUCUCUACCCAUCUGGAGAUGAACCUAAACUGAACUCCCUAAAAGAUUGUAAGAGUUCUGUGGUACUCAAAACACAGCCUUCUUCUAUCAAAUUAAAAAAAUCCAAAAAAAGGAAAGAGGAUGGUGAGCGCUCUCGCUGCAUAUACUGUCAAGAGAGGUUUAACCAUGAGGAGAACAGCCGGGGCAAAUGCCAAGAUGCUCCAGACCCGAUUAGAAGAUGCAUAUACCAAGUUAGCUGCAUGCUUUGUGCCGAGAGCAUGCUCUACCACUGCAUGUCAGACUCUGAGGGGGAUUUCUCUGACCCUUGCUCCUGCGACACGAGUGACGACAAGUUCUGCUUACGCUGGCUCGCCCUUGUCACUUUGUCGUUCAUUGCGCCAUGUAUGUGCUGCUACCUCCCGCUAAGAGCGUGCCACCACUGUGGCGAAAUCUGUGGAUGCUGUGGAGGAAAACAUAAAGCUGCAGGAUGAAGCAGUCUACUGCAAAAAUGGGCUGACAAGUGUUUAUUGCUGGGAAGUAUCUAAUUCAUGGAAGCUCUUGGCAUGCAGAAGGGAAAACCCACCCUGUAGGAAAGGCCUCUUGUGGAAGACGUGUCAAGAACUGUUGCAUUUGACCAAUGCAAGCCAUGCCUAAUCUACUUUUUAAGCGCAUAGGACAAGUGGUGAAGGAGUUCAUGCAAUCUGAAAGCCUUUUCUUCCAAUUGGUCUUGGAAAGAAGUAUAAACUGCAGUCCAUACUUCAGCACUCUGUACAUUUUGUGGUAUAAGUGAUGGGAUGGGGGACGUUCUUUUGAAAUAAUGCAUUUGGCAGAAAACUUAACUAAAACUGCACUAGGGAAAGCUGAUUGAAAACUAAAGGAAGUUAAUAUCUUGGCAGAUAUGAAAAAAAUAAAUUGAUUUUCAGUGCAACUAAAUUACUUAUAAAUAGUUUUGGGAAGCAGUUUUAUGUACAAAUAACAAAUGUUUAUAUUUAACAAAAUAUACGGUACAAAUUGUUAAAUCUUUCUUCCACUUUCCAGCUCAGCAGUUAUGGACCAUGUUUUCCAGGCACAUUCCGUGAUAGUAUUUCUCAGUUUUAAAUACUUAAUAUUUUUAUUCAAAUAGAGAAAUCAAUAUUUUCAGUCUUAUUUCCCUUCAACUACAUUUUUGUAUUAAUUUUCCUCUGUACAUUCUGGUAAUCUGAAAGCCUUUAAAAUAUUAAUUAUUGUAGUCUUGAAUGACCAAUGUUUUGUUAAGCACAGAUAUAAUUGUCUAAUGCUCUUAUGAGAACAUAACAUUUAUUUUUAUAUAUAAAUAACUCUAAUUUCAAUAUAAUGGUAAGAUUUUACCCCUCCCUUUCUCACAGCCAGCAGAUUUUCUUUUAGGAUUUCCUCCUAAAAUUGUUGAUGACAGAUGUUUGGGAAGAAAAAAUUACCACUUUGAAAUUGUUUAAAAUAUAUACUUACGACUCUGUUUCAACUUGGUGCCAGUUAUUUCUUUAUAUGUUUCCAUUAUUUUAUUUUUAUUUGACCUACCAUAAGUUAAACUUAUGCUAUAUGACAAACUGUAGUCCAGGUAGGAAAAAAAAGUUAAUUUCUUGUUGAAUGAAAAUGGAUUUUAUUUUGUCUUUGAGUUGUAGCAUAUUAAUGAAUAUAUUUAACUUAACAUUUGACUCUGUGUUCUAAAUGCCAUUUCUGGUAAUUCCUAAAUGUUAUCUUAUCAUAUGGCAUAAUAACCUAAUUAAGCAUAGAGGAUUUUUAUUAAUAAAAGUUUAAAGCAGUGGAGCAGUCAUUCAUUCAAGAAGGUUAAAGGGUGUGGAGAAUGGAGUAAAAUAUGUCUUUAAUACGUUUUUGGAUUAAAAUUAAAAUUUCACAAUUUUUAAUAUCUGUCUUUCUUUAGAAAAAUAUACAUGUUGAUUUUGUUUUCUUAGGAUCACGUUCCAUCAUACAGUUCCACUUCCACUGUACAAUCUACGUUUCCCAGAGCCCAGACAUCAAAACUGAACAAAUGUACAUAACACUGUGUGAAAUACCUUUUUAAAGGGGCAUUUAUAUUUUAUACAACAGCUUGAACUGACAACAUUGUGUACAUAGAUCAUCUUGAAGUAUUAUUUCAUAUUGAAAAGAAGAGAAAUAUAUUGAUAAGUAUAGAAGUUAAGAGCUUCUUUCUAGUUUUGUACUUUUAUCUAGAAUAAAUAAUUUAAGGUGACUUAAGUUGCCUUUCCUGCAUUUUAUAUCUUUAAAAACUGCUUGCAUAGGAUGUCUUUCAUGCUUCAAAUAGUCAGCUAAACUUGGUUGCCUAGGCAGACUGUUCAUUUUUUUCCCCAGACAGAAGGGAGAGAGAGAAAUCCCUAAUUUUUAUUUCAUUAAUGACAUGAGAACAGCAUGAAUUGUGAAUAGCAAUGGCUAAUGCAUCCUGUUUUUUAUUAAAGUGGGGCAUGGCAACAAAUGGCCACAAAAAGAACUUGCUGGCUGAUCAAGAGUGCUUUGGACCUCUGUGCAUAUAUACAUACACGCAUACAUAUUUAGAUGUUUUAAGAAACAGCAAGUCUAUGUCUGAUGAGCCCUAAUCAGCUUAAUACAUCAGUUCCUGUAGUGCUUUUCACAUGGAUUUCUAUAUGUUUUAAUACUUUUUCUGAAUACAUGCAUUUCAGUGUGUUGCAGGAUCCAAUCUGGAUUGGUCACCGGGACCAGAGGACAUUAUCCUAAGACAUAUAUAUUCACCUUCAUUCAUUUCAUUGUGCACUUAAACACUUUUCUGGUAAACAAGUAUUAUCCUUUAUUAUUGAAUAAAUUGUGUUCUUGGGAAAGGCAUUUAAAUACGAACACAAUACUAUAGGAUUUUAGGUUCUUUUCCCCCAUUGAAAUCAUCCGAGGUAACAAAUUGGUCCAAUAUAUAUAUUGUUUUUUGAAAACUGGACAUGUUUGGAAUUUAAUAUAGGACUGAAGCAAAGUUCCUUCUUAGAAUAACCAUUAGAUUUUUAACAGUCUAGUGAUUCCUAUUAUUUAAUGAGGUUUAUUUAAUAGUGUUUAAUCAUACAUUUCAGUGAAUGUUUAUACGUUGGAUGCAUUUCUUGUUCAUGGUUUUUUUAUAUAUUUUCACCCUACUUUGUCCAGAAAAGUAUGAUGAAAAGCUGUACUUUAUAAAACAUCAGUUCAAACACUUUUUAAUUGAUACUGAUGCUUGUUUUGAUAAAUAGCUGAAUGAUAUUUUUAGGCCUGGAAAAGUUCUUCCGGGGUUAUUUUACAUGAAAACAGCUCUUUUACUUGGGCACCACCUGCUGGACAGACAUGGUUUAGAAACUCUGACAAGUCCUAGCAUUAAUUUAGCAUAAUCUUCCACCAGGUAGGUAAAAUGAUACCAGUAUCUGCUCAUAAAUAUGCAGCAGAUCAGCAAGAAUUUCUGGUUUCAAACAGUUCAGCAGUCGUGACAAAAUUCUCUCUUCCUGCUAAAUUAGGAUAUUGAAAGAAAGAAACUGCAAGAAGGUGGGAGAGAGCGAAACAGUAACUUUAUGAGUCAUACAGUUUGCUUGCAAGCUGCAGCUGGCUUGCUUGGAAGACCUUGGGGGUUCUAGAGAAAUGAAAUAGACAAGCCUUAUGUCUAUGUCUAAUGUACCCAUUCACAAACUAGACUAUCUAUAGAAGGUAUUUUCUGGCAUUUGAUUCUACAGUGGAGAUCAAUUCCUCCUAUUUAGCAUUUGCAAUUUCAUACUUUCUAAUUCAAUGGUAAAUGUCAUUCUUGGAAGGGUAAUAAUUAAGUUUACAAUUGCAAAUUAAUCAAGUAUUAAUACUUUUUUUAAUGUUUUCAUG